CCUCACUAGCGCCAGGAGCCAACCGGAACUAGUUCCGCCCUGUGGAAAAGCUUCGGGCUUCUUUCCAGCAGCGUCUAGUCGCACCCUCAACAUGUCGUCCAGAACAGAACGAUUCCAGCGCAAAGGUCGCGACAAGGAAGAUGAUAAGGCGGAUGAACCAGAAGAGAUAGUCAGAUUCUCUGCCGAGGAAGAAUCUGCACUGGUGAAGAAAUCCAAUGCAGUGAAGAAUGACGCAAACGACCUCUUUGCCAAAGGCUCGUUCCAAGAUGCGAUAGCUACUUACGAUAAAGCACUCGCCACUUGUCCGAAUUACCUGGAGUACGAAGUUGCGGUAUUAAAGAGCAAUGUCGCAGCCUGCCAUCUGAAGUUAGAGGAUUGGAAGGAAGCGGUCAAGACUGCGUCUGCGGCACUGGAAGGGCUGGAUAGAUUGCAGGGGAGAGGCAGAGAGGAACGGAGCAAGGAUGAUGCAGGAACGGCGAAAGAUGAAGAAGAAGAAGCCGAUGAAGAGAUCGUUAGUGCUGGUGCUGCGAAAGCAGAGGAUACUUCUGAUAAGGGAAAGAGGGAGGCAGAUAUUGAGAGAAUUAGAGGAAAGGCUUUGAUGAGGAGAGCCAGGGCUCGGAGCGAACUUGGAGGGUGGUCGAGUUUACAGGGGGCAGAAGAAGAUUACAAAACCCUGGAAAAGAUGUCGAAUCUGUCAGCGGCGGACCGGAAGGCUGUGCAAAGGCAGCUGGUACAACUUCCGCCUCGAACAAAAGCUGCCCAGGAAAAGGAAAUGGGGGAGAUGAUGGGGAAGUUAAAAGAGCUCGGAAAUGGCAUACUGAAGCCUUUCGGUUUAUCGACCGACAACUUCCAGAUGCAAAAAGAUCCAAAUACAGGUGGAUAUAGCAUGAACUUCAACCAAGGGGCUUGAUACAUCAUGAGUUUAAAUGUCCCAAAGACGUCUCGUCCGUCGAACUUUGACGAAGUGCUUCCUAGCCUCUGUUGAGGUGCCCAAACACAAAGCGCAUGACUGGCAGUAUUGCUGCUCACUUCCACUUCAAGCAUCGCUUCAAAUGUAUCGAAUAACUCUCCUCCUAUCAGUCGCGGGAAAUAUACACAUGUCUCAUGUCUGA